AUUUUGGACAAGUCGUUGUAACCAGGGAUAUAUUAGAAUCACAUGUGCUUGGAUUUCUGAUUCUUGGGAAUUCAAAGAAGUACUACUUGUUUUACAACGUAUUCUAUAUCUCCAUAUGGGUGAAGUUAUUGCUAAACUGUUGGAUGAUGUAUUGGCGAUAGUAUACCUUUCAUCACAGCUUCAAUCAGAUGAAAACAAAUUGAAUGAUAUUUUGUGUAGUUUUGAAGAAAUAAUAACAUUACUAAGUAGAAAUACUUAUGUAACAAUUUCUUUAAUGUAUCUAGCUAUUUCAAUAUUAGUGAAGACUUUAAAAAUAUUAUUACAACACUCUUAUAUUGAAUCAGCUUUAGCGGAUAUGGGUAAAUUAACAAUUCUUGAUUUUGUGAAAAAAAUCAUUGAUGAUACGAAAGACGUUAUUAAGAUUAAAGAAGUUGAUACUUCAUUAGGAAUUAUAUACAAAACAAUUAACAUCUCAGCUCUAAUGAUUACAAUUGAAAUGCUUGAGAAAGUUAAAAAAGUAUUGUAUGAUAGUAUGUAUCAUUAUUGGAAUUCUGUUACGGAUAUCGGCAUGUUGGUAUGUUUACUUGAUCCAUGUUUUAAAAAGCUAUAUUUUGCCAACACAAACGUGGUUAUACAAACUAAAGAACACUUAAAAAGUUUGUAUGAGUUGGAAUAUGAAAUUCACCCAACUCCUAAAUGUCCAACGUCUUUGUCAAAUAUUCAGCAUAAUGAUCAUGAUGAUUUUGAAGCUG